AUGUAUCAUGCACUGAUACGUACGCAUCACAUCACCUCGAGAAAGAAAAUCGCUCGUCUCAAAGCUGCCGCUAAGACCUACCGAUGCUGCGCCUUGUUGAGGACAGGUGGGAUUCCAGGGGUGAUGUACGUCUGUGGAGGCACGAAGCCUGACGUCCAGAGCUGGGUAGAUAUUGUCCAUGAGUUGCGUUACAAAGAUUACCAGCUUGUAGCACCCGUCAGAACUGUUGCUACCACAGACCAAGCUUGCCUGGAAUCCAGUUAUGAGUCACUGGGGGUCCUGGAAGAAGUGGCCACGGUCAAAGAAAUGGCUGCACACAUGGAGUCCAAGGGUGUGAUGCAUUGGUGGCGCGUGGCGAUGGGUUUUGCUCGAGAAUGA